AUGGGGUACGAUGCCUGGAGUGAGCUGCGUUCAGGGAUUUCGGAGAUCUGUCACACACUGCAGGGCCUGGAGAUUGAACUGCAGUCACAGCUCAGCAUGAAAGGCUCCCUGGAGAACACGCUGGCGGAGACGGAGGGCCGCUACUCCAUGCAGCUGGGACGCCUCCAGAACCAAGUGACCAGUCUGGAGGAGCAGCUAGUGUCCCUCCGCAGCGACAUGGAACGCCAGGGCCAUGAGUACAAGAUGCUGCUAGACAUCAACACACGCCUGGAGAUGGAGAUCGCUGAGUACAGGAGGCUGUUGGACGGAGAGGCUAGCGGCCUCAGCUCCUCGAAAUCCGGCCACGGCUCCUCCAGCUCGCACGUCAGCUCCUCUAGCUCAGCCACAGCUCUGGUGUCAGUUCCUCCAUCUCCGGCCACAGCUCCUCCACCUCCACCACACGCAAAGUGGUGA